AUGGUUGCGCUCGACGUUGGUUAUGCCAACCCUGUGUUCGCUGCACUGGAAAUCGAGUAUACCGAGGCAGACCAAGACCCUACAGGAGAGGCUGCUCGUGAAGCCGAGACUCAGCUUGUCUACUACGAGCUGGACCUUGGUCUGAACCAUGUCGUGCGAAAAUGGUCAGAACCCGUUGAUUCGACGGCAUCACUUCUCUUCCAAGUCCCUGGCGGUCAAGAUGGACCGAGCGGUGUCUUGGUGUGUGGUGAAGAGAACAUCACAUACAGGCACUCAAACCAAGAGGCCUUCCGCGUGCCGAUACCCCGGAGACGUGGCGCUACAGAGGACCCUUCAAGGAAACGUCACAUCGUUUCUGGUGUUAUGCACAAGCUCAAGGGCAGUGCUGGAGCCUUCUUCUUCCUCCUGCAGACGGAAGACGGCGACCUAUUCAAGGCUACCAUUGAAAUGGUUGAGGAUGCCGAUGGCAACCCCACGGGUGAAGUAAAGAGACUCAAGAUCAAGUACUUCGACACUAUUCCGGUGUCUUCUAGCCUGUGCAUCCUCAAGAGCGGUUUCCUGUACGCUGCGAGCCAGUUCGGCAACCAUCAAUUUUACCAGUUCGAGAAGCUCGGAGAUGAUGAUGAAGAGCUAGAAUUUUCAAGCGACGAUUUCCCAGCAGACCCUAAAGCUGGCUAUGAUGCCGUGUACUUCUAUCCAAGGCCAUUGGAGAACCUUGCUCUUGUUGAGAGCAUCGAUUCCAUGAAUCCUCUGCUCGACUGCAAAGUGGCAAACCUUACGGGCGAAGAUGCGCCACAAAUCUACACAGCCUGUGGCAAUGGCGCUCGCAGUACAUUUAGGAUGUUGAAGCACGGCCUGGAAGUUAACGAGAUUGUUGCCUCCGAGCUGCCCGGUAUUCCUUCAGCUGUGUGGACUCUGAAGCUGAACCGUGGUGACCAGUUCGAUGCAUACAUUGUGCUGUCCUUUACCAACGGAACCCUUGUUCUGAGUAUUGGCGAGACAGUUGAGGAGGUCAGUGACUCUGGAUUCUUGACAUCAGUGCCCACGUUGGCAGCCCAAUUACUCGGCGAGGAUGGUCUCAUUCAGGUGCACCCGAAGGGUAUUCGUCACAUCCGAAACGGCCAGGUUAAUGAGUGGGCUGCACCACAGCACCGCUCUAUCGUCGCCGCGACUACCAAUGAGCACCAAGUUGCUGUUGCUCUCAGCUCGGGCGAGAUUGUCUACUUCGAGAUGGAUGGGGAUGGAUCCCUGGCGGAGUAUGACGAGAAGAAGGAGAUGUUCGGAACUGUGACUUGCUUGAGCUUAGGCGAAGUUCCGGAAGGCCGCCUUAGAAGCUCAUUCUUAGCAGUAGGUUGCGAUGAUAGCACCGUGCGUGUUUUAUCUUUGGACCCCGAGUCUACUCUCGAGAGCAAGUCAGUGCAAGCUUUAACUGCCCCACCGUCAUCUCUGGCCAUCAUUGCCAUGGAUGACUCCUCGUCUGGUGGAUCAACACUCUACCUUCACAUUGGUCUCCACUCUGGAGUCUAUCUCAGGACGGUGUUGGAUGAAAUCACUGGAGAACUCACCGACACCCGGCAAAAGUUCCUUGGUCCUAAGCCGGUCCGGCUAUUUCAAGUCACUGUCCAAGGACGGACAUGCGUGAUAGGAUUGAGCUCGCGUCCAUGGCUUGGAUACUCGGAUCCAAUCACCCGAGGUUUCGUGGUAACACCGUUGAACUACGUAGACCUCGAGUGGGUAUGGAAUUUCAGCAGUGAGCAAUGCGAAGAGGGUGUUGUUGGCAUUCAAGGCCAGUCCUUAAGGAUAUUUGCUAUUGAGAACCUUGGAGAUACUAUCACGCAAAAAUCAAUACCCCUUACCUACACUCCAAGGCGUCUGCUUAAGCAUCCUGAAUACCCAAUGUUCUACACCAUUGAGUCUGAAAACAACACGCUACCUCCGGAUCUCCGAGCUAAACUGCUCGCGGAGCCUGGAGUCGUUAAUGGCGACGCCACGGUUCUCCCUCCAGACGAGUUCGGGUACCCCAAGGGCAAGGGUCGGUGGGCCUCCUGCAUCAGCGUUAUCGAUCCUCUGUCGGAGGAACAACGAGUAUUGCAAACUGUUGAUCUCGAUAACAACGAGGCAGCUGUGAGCGCUGCGAUUGUGUCCUUUGCUAGUCAGGAUAACGAAAGUUUCCUGAUAGUCGGUACUGGGAAAGACAUGAUCGUAAACCCUCGGCAGUUCUCGGAGGGAUAUAUCCACGUCUAUCGAUUCGGCGAGGAUGGCCACGAACUGGAAUUCAUUCACAAAACCAAGGUUGAGGAGCCUCCUACAGCCCUUCUCGCCUUCCAAGGCAGACUUUUGGCCGGUAUCGGCAAGACUUUGAGGAUAUAUGAUCUUGGCCUGCGACAAAUGCUCAGAAAAUCCCAAGCAGAUGUGGUGCCACAGUUGAUUGUGUCUCUGAGCACACAAGGAAGCCGUAUCGUGGUUGGAGACGUCCAGCAUGGUGUAACAUACGUCGCAUACAAGCCUACCACCAACAAGCUUAUCCCAUUUGCCGAUGACACCAUCGCUAGAUGGGUUACUUGUACUACAAUGGUGGAUUACGAGUCGGUUGCCGGAGGCGACAAAUUCGGCAACAUGUUCCUCGUCCGUUGUCCAGAGAAGGCCAGUCAGGAGGCUGACGAGGAGCAAGGCGGUUUACAUCUGCUAAACACAAGGGAUUACCUUCACGGUACUCCUCACCGGCUCAACCUUCUUAGUCAUUCAUACACCCAGGACGUGCCGACAAGCAUUAUCAAGACAAGUCUGGUAGUUGGUGGCCAAGAUGUGCUCCUCUGGAGUGGUAUCAACGGCACCAUUGGUGUCUUUAUCCCCUUUAUUACGCGCGAGGACGUCGACUUUUUCCAGAACCUGGAACAACACAUGCGCACUGAGGAUGCUCCUCUUGCGGGUAGGGAUCACCUCAUGUACCGCAGCUACUACGUCCCCGUUAAGGGCGUAAUCGAUGGCGACCUCUGUGAAAGGUACACCCUCUUACCCAACGAUAAGAAACAAAUGAUUGCCGGCGAGCUAGAUCGUUCGGUGCGGGAGAUUGAGAGGAAGAUUUCGGACAUCAGAACACGAUCCGCCUUCUAG